UUCAGAUGAGGAAAUCGGACGUUUAUAGCCCUACUUGUGCACGGAUAGAGGAGGAAAAAAAGUGGGUGUACACAAGUUGUGCUGUGUGGCUCCACAGUGCUUCAGUUCAGAUGAGCUCACCCAGCCGAUGCGCACAUCGUAGGAGCCGAGCAAUGUGAGAAGAGCGCGAGGACGGCGAGCUGCAGCCGUGUAGACAGAGGGAAGAGUGGAUGUUUUUUGCGCAAAAGGUUGCCUACUUUGCACUACACAAAGUCCACAGAGAAAGAGAGAGAGGGGGAGAGCGUAAGGGACUGCUGGAGAGAGUCAAUGGAUUUGUAGAUUGCCUGGAUGGAUGUGAAUCCACUCUUGUAUCGCGGACUGGACUGGACGAGAAAAAGCACACUUUGAACACUUCAUUUUCUUCUUGUUUAUAUUUCUCUUUCUUUACAAAAUGCCAGGAUUUCCUUCAUCAUCACACUCAGUCCAAUUCAAGCCAGGCUGCUCAUUUGGAAGGAUGCCAGACCUCCAGCCUCUCAAAUCUGCAAGUUCAGUCCAAUAAAUUGUGACAUUGUCUGUCAGCCUUUGGAAUAAGAAAUCGAUACUGAAGAAAAGGGGACGCGAUAUUCUUCCGGAAUUUUAACGAUCUGUUUCCUCAGCUAUCCUUAUAAAUAUGCGAUUUUGCUUGGAAUAGCUUGGUUCGGUCCAGCUUCACGCUUUUUUUUUCUUUCAAAGCUGGAGCAGCGCUGAUAGUGACUGAUUAUUGCUGUUGAUUUUUUUGUCCAUGCAAGACUCGGGGUGGAAACAUGUCUGGCCACUUCUUUGAGGGGAUCACUGCUAUCAGAUAUGGCAUUUUGGUCCAGCACUUCAGUUUUUACGUCUAAAGUGCCCAGGAAAAUCUUAUUCAUGUUCACCCUCUCCCUCUCUGUCACCUACUUGUUCUACAGCUUGAUGAGCUGCUACAACUCGCUGCAGUUCCCCCUGCAAGAGAACUACGCGUAUCAGGGGAGGCUGGUGACGGAGGAGGCAACUUUUGUGACAUUGAGGGAGAAACUUUACUCAGCGUCUCCGGGCUUGAACCAAUUCGCUGAGGCCGAGGGGACCACCGUGGUGUCCGGCGUGAAGGAGCAUGCCGAGGCCGAGCAGAGGACCGUGGAGUGGAUUAGGACUCAGGCGUCUCCGACGAAAUCUGCGGCGGCGGUUUAUCACACCAGCGCGCAGGAAAGGGAGCACCAGGAAUUCAGCACCACGGACAGCGAACUCAGGGUGAACUGCACCAUGGAUUACGGAGAGAAGAAACUUCCCCAAGCCAUCAUCAUCGGGGUGAAGAAAGGGGGGACCCGAGCCCUACUGGAGGCUCUCAGGGUGCACCCCGACGUCAGAGCCGUGGGGAACGAACCCCAUUUCUUUGAUAGGAACUACGAGAGGGGGCUGGACUGGUACCGAGACCUGAUGCCUUCAACGCUGGAGGGGCAGAUCACCAUGGAGAAGACACCCAGCUACUUUGUGACUAACCAUGCCCCGAAGCGCAUCCACACCAUGGCCAGGGACAUCAAGCUUAUUAUUGUGGUGCGUAAUCCUGUCACCAGAGCCAUUUCAGACUACACGCAGACUUUGUCCAAGAAACCAGAGAUCCCCACCUUUGAGGUUCUGGCUUUCAAGAACCGGACGCUGGGUCUUAUAGAUGCUUCGUGGAGCGCGCUGCGUAUCGGAAUAUAUGCGCUCCACUUGGAGAGCUGGAUGCAGUAUUUCCCUCUAUCUCAAAUGCACUUUGUAAGCGGGGAGAGGCUUAUCGUGGAUCCCGCUGGGGAGAUGGCCAAAGUGCAGGACUUCUUGGGCCUCAAACGGAUUGUCACGGACAAACACUUUUACUUCAAUAAGACUAAAGGAUUUCCUUGUCUGAAGAAGCCUGAGGACAGCAGCACUCCCAGAUGCCUCGGCAAAUCGAAAGGGAGAACUCACCCUAAAAUCGACCCGGAUGUGAUCCGCCGUCUGCACAAGUUCUACAAACCCUUUAACAUGAUGUUCUACCAAAUGACCGGCCAGAACUUUGAGUGGGAGCUGGAGGAGGACAGUGAACCUCACAGCUCUCAGGACUAAGCGGCAGACUGCGGCAUGGCAACGGCUUUUCGCCACACCACCAGCCUUCAAAACUAAAACUAUUGUCUCACUCCGUCUACAGAGAGAGUGCUCGAGCACGCCAAUCAAUCAUGGCCGUCUUUGCAGUGUCUGUAUCCAUUAGCAAGAGUUUACUGAAAUGCUUUUUCUCUCCUUCAAUACUAAUGUCGUUGAUGAUGGCGAAUCGUUAUUGUACAUACCAAACAUAAAAUAUAUUUAUAUUUGUGAAAAGGAGAUGAUUUAUUCAUUUUGUUUUUAAAAGCAUAGAGCUGAUAUAAAAAUCCUGUCGACUAUGGCAAUGCAUGCGAUGAGUUAAGUGUCCUUACCUCAUGAGCCCUAAGGGCAAAUCUGCCUGUUUCUUCUCCCUUUACUUUCCUGCAGUUUGUUGCCCUCACGCCCACUCACCAGCACUCAGUACAAAAAGAUAUUCUAUUUCAAUGGCUGAGGCCAUGAAGAGCUCUGUAUUAUGUCUUUUCACACUGUCCAGCUGCUUUAGAAGAGAGAGAAAAUCAUAGACACACAGUCCAGUAAUCCUUUGACAUGUGCUCAUCCCUUCGUUCGUCCAUAAUGUGAGUGGAGACAAUCCUUUUCUUUUUGUCAGUCUGAGUUUACCAAAGUGUUAAUUUCCUCUGUGUCAGUCCUCUGGUUGCUCUGCGCUCAUUAAUUGCACACAUAUUCAAUAAGGGAGCUGAUGUACAGUGACCAUCAGUCAAUAAUUGGAUUGUUUCGCUGCAUAGCUGCACAUUAGCAUACUGAUGACCACGCACUCAGAUGUGCUGCAGUAUCAGUGGUUUUGGCAUAAUUUGACAAAUGAAUCCAUGUCCUACAAAUAUCAAGGGUUAGCUGUGGAUCAAAACAAUGCCGCAUCUUGACAAAAACAAUUUCCUGUCGCCACCCGCAAAACUGUCCGUUAACUCCUCCAGUCCUUGACUGUUUCUCCCGGGCGACCCUCCCCCUUGUCGCAGUAAUACAUGUCAAUGAGGGUGAAGAACAACAGUGCAGGACCGAGCAGAAGUUUGUUAAGCAACAUCUGCUGCCACGCGGUCUUCUGUCGUUAGAGAUUAAUGGCGUGUUAAAUAAACUGCUGCUGCUGGAACAAUGUCAAUGUCAGAGAGAAUUUGCUGUGAAGGAAAAAAACAAAGCUACAUACAUGCCCAGGUAGAUUACAAAGCCAUUACUGUUUGUACUUAACUUGAAUGAGAUGAUGUGUGCUAGGGAAAUGUGCUGUAACCAGAGGUUUACUACCAAACACUUGGGGUGGAUGUUUGUGUGGAAAACACUUGCAGGGUUUUUCUGCUGUGAAAUGCUCCUUUACAACGUCAUAUCUGCUCUAUUAUUUUUCAUUCUGCAUAACUCGCUGUGCGUCUGUCUGUUGUCUCUGGACUUUUCAUCAAUUGAGACAAUCAAUACAGUCAAUGAGUCAAUAAAUACAGUCUGCUCCAC